GGUGAGGGCGGCCACCCACGCCGACCUGUCGGCGGCUGCCUGGUUCAUGCCGCUGCCUCCUCCGCCGCCGGGUUUGCCGGCCGUUGCUCUCGUGCGGGUUUCCCCCCUGCCGCAGCUCUCCUGCGGCGACCUGCCGGAUCUGGAGACACCGCCGUCCCACAGCACCGACGCUGGCGUACCCAUCGGAUCCGAGUUCGUUCUCGGGUCGCCUUUGGGUGCAGGCCGGGUUGGGCUCGGUUCGGUCGAUUCUCCUGCUGGAUCGACACGGGCGACGCGCAUUGACUGUGAGGUCGGUGCUCACCUUAACUCCACCGCGCCGGUGAUGCGCUCCAGUUCACCUCCUGCUGCGCCUUCAAGGCCGGCGACAGGCGCGGGGCACGAGGCAGACAAGACCGGCGACUGGCAUCUCGUCAAAUCACGGCGAGGCCCGCGCCGUCCGGCUUUGGAUGCCCAAGCAUUCAAGCCGCUACCUCUCCCGCUGUGGCUUAAAGGCCGUUGCUGCCGCUGCCUUGCUCCUGGGCAUAGAGCAGUGGUGUGCUGUGACCCAAUCCGUUGCUCUCGCUGUCUCCAAAACGGCCAUCGCGCCCGUGGUUGCAAGAAUAGGUGGCGCCCUCUGAGCUCGUUGCCGUGUCUCGCCUUCAUCCCGCCACCGCCGCUUCCCCGCCCGGCCCCUGCUGCGCCUCAAGCCUAGCCGCCCAAGUUUGGCCCUGGUCGGGGCUGGUCUCUCCCCCAAGCUUCAACGCCACCGCUGCUGCUCGGCUCCGCCACCUCCACCAUGCCGCGCCUGGGAGAUGCGGCCCUCCAGCCAGACGAAGACUACGUGGUUGUCUCCGCCACGUCGGAGAUGCAGGCGGAAUCGGCUCUGCUCACCUCCAACGCCGCCGUCGCCUGGUUCGAGGGCGCUCGCGAAGAUGUCCCCUGCCACACUGUUGCCGCCGCGUUUGCCUCCACCUUUGGGCUGCGGCAGGGGGACGUGAGCGUCGUCCGGCACUACCCCGAGCAAUACCUGGUGAGGUUCAUGUACCAGCACAACUGUGCCGACGCCGUCAACCGUGGCGACUUCCUCGUCGGCAACUCCAGGCUCUACAUCCGUGGAUGGUGGCUCGAGGCGCACGCUGACAACGAAGACAUGUUGUACCAUGUACGCCUCUGCAUCGAAGGGAUCCCGGUGCAUGGGUGGAACAACUACAUCGCCUCGUUCGUCAUCGGUCGUGGAUGCUCGCUCGACUACAUAGAGCAGCGGUCCGUGCGCAGGGACGACACGCGCGACCUCUCGCUCUGGGCGUGGACGUCAAACCCCAACCUCAUCCCCAAAGUGAAGUGGCUCACGCUGCCGGCUCGCGGCCAUCGCCGCCGCAGCCGCUGUGGUCUGCGGCACAGGGUGUUGUUGCACCUGGACCUGCUUGAGUACCACACCAAGGCCCAGGACGACGACGACAACCCGCCGGCGCCGGACAUCCACGAGUACACCUGGUACCGGCGCACUAUGGACGGCACGGCCGGUCGUGGCGAGCGCCGUGUGGCCCAGGACACAGGGGAGCGGCAGCCGCCACGACGCGACGAUGGCGACGACCGCGAUAGCCGGCGAGGUCGUGGUGGUCCACGCGCACAAGAGGGAUGACGUGAGCGUAUCCGGCGCU